UUCACCCUCUACCCUGCCUUCUUCUACAGUCUUCUGACAUUGCUUCAGAACCUGCAUCAUCACCUCCUUUCUUUGCGACAGACACGCCACAAUUUCCCAGAUGAGCGCUUUGGGACAGGACAAGAAGUACAGACAGAGAACGUGACAGUGGCUGAAGGUGGGGUGGCCGAGAUAACCUGCCGUCUGCACCAGUAUGAUGGGUCCAUAGUUGUCAUUCAGAAUCCAGCCCGGCAGACCCUCUUCUUCAAUGGCACCCGUGCCCUGAAGGACGAGCGUUUCCAGCUUGAGGAGUUCUCCCCUCGCAGGGUGCGGAUCCGGCUCUCAGAUGCCCGCCUGGACGACGAGGGGGGCUACUUCUGCCAGCUCUACACGGAGGACACCCACCACCAGAUUGCCACGCUCACAGUCCUGGUGGCCCCGGAGAACCCCGUGGUGGAGGUCCGGGAGCAGGCGGUGGAGGGCGGCGAGGUGGAGCUCAGCUGCCUGGUUCCGCGGUCCCGCCCGGUCGCCGUCCUGCGCUGGUACCGGGACCGCAAAGAACUGAAAGGUGUGAGCAGCAGCAGGGAAAAUGGCAAGGUGUGGAGCGUGGGGAGCACCGUGAGGUUUCGUGUAGACCGCAAGGACGACGGCGGUAUCGUCAUCUGCGAGGCGCAGAACCAGGCGCUGCCCUCGGGACACAGCAAGCAGACGCAGUACGUGCUGGACGUGCAGUACUCCCCCACAGCCCGGAUCCAUGCCUCCCAAGCUGUGGUGAGGGAGGGAGACACGCUGGUGCUGACGUGCGCUGUGACCGGGAACCCCCGGCCAAAUCAGAUCCGCUGGAACCGCGGGAAUGAGUCUUUGCCGGAGCGGGCGGAGGCGGCCGGGGAGACGCUCACGCUGCCCGACCUGGCAUCCGCGGAUAAUGGCACGUACUCUUGCGAGGCGUCGAACAAGCACGGCCACGCGAGGGCGCUCUAUGUGCUGGUGGUCUACGACCCCGGCGCGGUGGUAGAGGCUCAGACGUCGGUGCCCUACGCCAUUGUGGGCGGCAUCCUGGCACUACUGGUGUUUCUGAUCAUAUGUGUGCUGGUGGGCAUGGUCUGGUGCUCGGUACGGCAGAAGGGCUCCUAUCUCACCCACGAGGCCAGUGGUUUGGAUGAGCAGGGAGAAGCAAGAGAAGCCUUCCUCAAUGGCAGCGAUGGACACAAGAGGAAAGAAGAAUUCUUCAUCUGACCCCAACUGUACUCCAGGCCUGAGCCUGGGCUGGGGUCCACCCCACUGCCAGCUGCAAAGACA